AUGACUGUAGGUGCGAUGUCAGAGAAGUUGAAUCAGAGACCUCCUGGUGGUCUCCCCAGUAGCACUGUUGAGAACACAAAUGCCACUGCGAAAGCUGUUACUACGAGGAGUGGUCGAGGAAGUGUAGAGGUCGAGCCGGUAGUCGAUGAGGACCCGGAGGUCGACGAGGAGCUUGAGAUGGAGACACCAGCUGGCAGAGUGCACCCUAGGCUGUGCCCAGCAAGUACAGCACAGUCCAUCGGGUCUCCAGGAGAGAAGAAGGAUGCAGAGAAGGAGCCGAUGAGGGUGUAUAAGCCGACACCUCCUUACCCUGGUAGGUUAGUGAAGGGUAAGGACGCGGAGCAGUAUGGUCGUUUCAUGGAGAUGCUGAAGAAGCUGCAUGUGAACAUUCCGUUCGUCGAGGCUUUGGCGAAGAUGCCAAAGUAUGCGAAGUUUUUGAAGGAUCUUCUUACGAAUAAGAAGAAAUUGGAGGAUUUUUCGACUGUCACCCUGAGUGAGGAGUGUUCUGCUGUCGUGCAGAACAAGCUGCCAAAGAAAACAAAGUACAGACAUAAGUGCAUCAACAGGAAUCUUACUGUCAGCAAUGCGCUUGCUGGCCUAGAUGCUAGCAUAAACCUCAUGCCCUCUUCCAUAUUCGCUAAGCUUGACCUAGGAGAGCCUUCCCCUACGCGCAUGAGUAUUCAGCUCGCCGAUCGAUCGGUGAAGUAUCCUAGGGGCAUCGUGGAGAACAUGUUGGUGAAAGUCGACAAGUUCGUAUUUCCCGUGGACUUUGUCAUUCUCGACAUGGAUGAGGACUCUAAGGUCCCGUUGAUCUUAGGUCGUCCAUUCCUUGCCACUGCACGAGUAGUCAUUGACGUAUAUGAUGGCAAGUUGACUCUUCGUGUCGAUAAAGAUGAGGUCACUUUUGAUAUCCAACAUUCUAUGAGGCACACCCGUCAGCAUGAUGACACUCUCUACUUUAUUGAUACUCUUAUGUCACAUGUGGAUGAUCAGGGGAGUGAUGUCACUAAGUUGGAUGUUGAGAAGGAUCCUCUGUUGCAGGCUACCGAGCCUUCCCCUAGAUUCGAGGUGUUUGAGGUCAUCGAGGAAGAGGAGAUUCCGAAGGAGAGACCGUCUGUUGAGGCACCCCCGCCCCUUGAGUUGAAGGAGUUGCCGUCUCAUCUGGAGUACGCAUUCUUGGGCGAGGGAUCUCAGUUACCCGUCAUCAUUUCUGCUGGAUUGACGGAGGAGGAGAAGAAGAAGCUGAUGAGUGUCUUGAGAGAUCAUAGGCAGGCGAUCGUGUGGAAGCUGAUGGAUAUCAAGGAUAUUAACCCUUCGUUUUGUACGCACAAGAUCUUGAUGGAAGAGGAGUUCAAGCCGGUGGUUCAGCCCCAGAGAAGGCUAAACCCUAAUAUGCAGGACGUAGUGAAGAAAGAGGUGAUAAAGUUGCUGCAUGCAUGA